CACAUCAAUAAUAUACCUUAAGGUUGAAUAUUAAUAGACAUGGUUAGGCUUGGCCGGACCUUGUCCAGCCGUAUUCUAUGCAGCUUGUUUCACCAACAUGCUGUAUCGUGUCAAAACCUGUCAAAAGGUGGACUUUGUGGGCUGUGCCAACCUGCAGCAUGGUAAGACUCAGAUGCAUGGCUUGAAUCUAAGCUCACCGGAUCCCAAACAGAAUCCGCCCUUAGCAUCAUUUUUACAACUUAUAAAAAAUAAUAUGAGCUGUAAGAAUUGAAGUUGAAGCACAAGGAUAAUGCUUCCCUUUUGGAAACAAAACUGAGAGAUGAUUAAGACUGAACUCAACUGGGCUUGCCUAAAAACUUGCAAGCCCAGACAAAUGUUCUCCUACACUAGUAAUUAAUUCAACAUUCAACUGAACCCAACUACCACAACGCACAAAGAAAUCAUCAACUUACUUGUACAUGAUGUGAUACUGCACGCACUAUUAUCACCAGUCACAUGAAGCCAACUUUUGUACAUCACACAAUUUCAAGCUGAAAGUGAUGUAAUGUUGAAGCAAAGAAAAUGAGAAUUAAAGAUGGUCUUUUGCUUUGAAGGUUGAAAUUAUCAACUUCUGUGACUGUCUGUGGUUGAGUGAAUGAAUUGAGUGGGGGUUGAGGCUGGAGAAAGAAAGAGAGAAGAGAGCAAGAAAAAGCCAAAAACAAUGUAGAAAGGGGAGAGAGAGACUCUUAAGGCUAGGGGAAGAGGGCAUGUGGAUGAGUGGGGGACACACCAAAGUCAUCAAUUAAGCCCUUUGAAAUUAUUGAGCUUGUGACAGGAGAGGAAGAAAAAGAAAGCCAAACAAAGUAAUUCUCUCUCUUACUUCACUGCUUAUACUUUGGACCUUAUGUCCUUAGCUAUUACUAUGCCCCUCUGCUCAACAGUGUAGUAUAAGUCACAAGGAAAAAGGAAAACCAAAAGAAGAAGUCAUUUACUUCUCAUACUGCUUCUGUAUUGGGCUUCUUUUUCAAGAAACACACUUCUCUGCUUUCUCUCUUCUCUCUCAAUCCAAUUUUUUUUUUUUGAAGAUGCCAAGACCAGGUCCAAGACCUUAUGAAUGUGUUAGAAAAGCAUGGCAUAGUGAAAGACACCAACCCAUGAGAGGUUCUCUCAUCCAAGAAAUUUUCAGAGUUGUAAAUGAGAUUCAUAGCUCAGCAACUAAGAAGAACAAGGAAUGGCAAGAAAAGCUCCCUCUUGUUGUCUUGAAAUCAGAAGAAAUUAUGUACUCCAAAGCCAAUUCUGAGGCUGAAUAUGUGGACCUUAAAACACUCUGGGACAGAACUAAUGAUGCCAUUAACACGAUUAUUCGACGUGAUGAGAAUUCUGAAACUGGAGAGCUACUUCCUCCUUGUAUUGAAGCUGCUCUCAAUUUGGGCUGCAUGCCAAGGAGAACAUCGAGGAGCCAACGGAAUAGUCACCCGAGGUGCUACCUCAAUUCUGGCACACAAGAGCACACCAGUUUAGAGAACAUGACUCAAGGAAAUCAGAAAGUUAAUCAACUCUACAUCCCACAUUAUUCUACUUGGAUGAAACCCACAAGCACAAAUUCAGCUCAAAAUUUUGCUGUACGAAGCGAUGUCAUCUCCAGUAAAAAACUUGCCAUUGCAUCUAAUAAUGUUCCUCCAUCAAUCAAUAAGCAAAAUUUUCCCGGUUUGAAUUCGCAUGCAGUUUACCCCUUGAUAAACAUUGAAGAACUACCACAUGGUUUUCAAAGUUUUCAUAACUCAACUUCUAACAGUAUGGAACCUGCCAAGGCCAUUUGCGUUCAGAACUCUUCAGUUAAGAGUGCUCAACCAUGUAUUAAUAUCAGCGAUGCUCCUGAAAACCCACAUGACAUUGGGUGUGAUCUAUCGCUUAGGUUGGGACCACUGUCUGUUCCUUCGCCUACUGUUGAGAAAUUUCAGCUACAACAGGUUAAAGAUGUUGUUUCUGGUUCUAUAGAGGGAAAAGAAAUUAGUGAUUGGACACCACUUCUGUGUAAACAGUUAAUUUUCUGUUCUAAAGGUAAUGUUGAUGGCCCAUUAGACAUGUGCUCAAGUCAGUGGAGUGAUGAGGGUAAUGUUGAUACAAGAGUAAGAAAGCGAAAGGCAGUUUCUAUUCACCCAUUAGAGGAUCAACAUUUUUGGCAUUCAAAGCUUCCAUAUAACCAGAUAACUGGAGGAAUGAAAGGUGCAGGUUUGUAGAUUGACUCUACUUACUUCAGGAUCUUGAUUCAAGUUCUUGAAAUGGUUUGGUGAAUGCGCAUUACUGAAGCUUUUUGUAGUCUUGCUGUACUCGAUAGUUUAUGUACAAUUAGUUGCUUGUUUCCGUUUGCACGAAACAAGAUGUAUAUAUUAACUAAGUUUCAACUAGAUGAAAUCAUGGUAAUAGGACUGGAGAAACCUUUUAUCUGAAUGGAUAGAAAUGUGUCGUUUCUUGUAUAUUGCUGUUAGUAAAACUUUCCAGGUUCGUAGUUCAACAUACGGAUAUUCCUAGUGGC